GCCGCCACACUCACAAUGGAACUGCUGAAGAGGAACCUGCCGCUCCUGGUCGUGGGACUCUGUCUAUGUGCCUGCGCCCGGGGCACGCUGACGAUCCAGAAGACCAAGCCGGCUCUUCCGGAUCCCAGUCAGCUGCUCGCCAAGCUGCCACCCAAGCCGGACUUCCUGAAGGAUCCCAGCCAGUUGCUGGCCAAGAUCUCGAAAGCGAAGCCACCGCUUCCUGAUCCCAGUCAGCUGCUCGCCAAGUUGCCACCAAAGCCGGAGUUCUUGAAGGAUCCCAGCCAGCUGCUCUCCAAGUUCGUGAAACCCAAGCCGGUCUUUGUGAAACCCGUGAUUGUCAAGCCCGUGGUGGUGGUCAAGCCCGUGGUCGUGGGCGGCGGCGGAGGAGGAGGCGGUGGGCAUGGGCAUGGGCACGGACACCAUGGACAUCAUGGCAAGGAUAAGCUUAAGUUUUAGAUAGUUCUAUGAGAAAGUGUGAUUGAUAGGGGAGAUACUAAUAAAUUAAAUCAAAAACUGUAAAAA